AUGACAAUAACUGUAGGAGUUGGCAAUACAGCACAAAGAGAUCUGGAACCAGGCUACUGUGUAGAAACAUUGCAACAAAGGGAGUCUGUGCAACAUGAUGUGUUUGAUACUGUACUUCAGGGGAGUGGAGAUGCAGCUCUCCAUGUCUGCUGCCGAAAGACGGACCUGGAGAUAGCCAAAGUCCUCAUUGAGAAUGGGGCCAAUGUAGACAUCCAAAAUGAGGAAGGACAGACUCCUCUCCACAUAGCUGCCUGGGAGGGAGAUGUGCUGCUGCUGAAACUGUUCUACCAGAGCAAGGCCAACCCUAAUGUCACUGACAAGAUGGACAGGUCACCUCUGCACAUCGCUGCAGAGCGUGGCCACACCAACGUGGUUGAGGUCCUCACAGAGAAGUUCAAGUCCAACGUGCUGGCCAGAACUAAGGGAUGGACAGUUCACCCGCUAGAUGCUAAAAUUGUGGUCUACCGUUCCCAGUGUGGACACUCCAGAGACCACCGGCCCUCAAUUCUGAAGAAAGCGGGUCUCCACACCAUAGCACAUGCCCAUAAGGGGUCAAGAUCCAAGACGA